AUGUCUGCGAUGACAACGGAAGGGGCUAUCGUAUCUCGAACGUUGAUCAUUGACAAUAUAUAUCCGUACUCUACAUCUCAAAAGCCGAUCGUAGGAGUGAAUUAUCAAUACCCUGGUCCACCAAUCGAAGCGUACGAAGGUGAUACUCUGGUGAUUCGUGUAAUCAAUAAACUUCCACAGCCGACGACGGUUCAUUGGCAUGGAAUUUCUCAAAACGGUACACAAGACAUGGACGGUGCGGUGGGAGCUACGCAAUGCGCCAUUUCUCGUAAUGGUGAAAUGACAUACAUAUUCAAAGCUUCACCUGCAGGUACUGCAUGGUACCAUGGUCAUCACUUGGAUCAAUAUGCAGACGGCUUAAUUGGUCCAUUGAUUAUUCGUCGACAAGUAGAGCCGAAUCAGCAAUACUAUGAUACUGAGCGUAUACUGAUGGUAGCUGAUUGGUACAAUGAACUUGCACGAACAAAGUUAUUAUCUUGGUUUUUAAGCACAAACAAUCCAAAAGGCAUCGAACCCAUACCUGAUGCUAUUGUUGUAAAUGGGAAAUUUUCUGAAUCGUUGUUCGUACCAACCAACGGUUCAAAACGAAUCCGUUUUAGAAUCAUUAAUGCUGCAGCAUUUUCCAUGUAUACUUUUUCAAUUGAUGGAUUACCAUUACAUAUUAUUGAACUUGAUCAAACACCUGUGGAACCAUACACUGUGUCCUCCGUGGUUAUUAACGUUGCUCAACGAGUUUCUUGCUUUGUAAAUUUGGAUGAAUUUGAUCAAAGCCUUGUACCUGCUGAAGUGCCACCGACAAAAUCAAUUUACAUUCGAUUUCAAGCUAUGGCAGACAUGUACCCAGUUGAUAUUAGAAGCUAUAGAGCUCCAUAUGCAACUCCACGUUAUCCUUAUCCGAUAUAUUUCAAUCCAUUAUUCUUGGGUAUUUUAUCACUUGAUUCAAAGAAUUCUUUGCCUACAUAUCCAGUCUAUGACGAACGAAUCGGAUCGAGGAAUCCAGAUUCAGAAGAUAUCAAUCUUUUAGGUGCUCGACCAUUCUAUCGAGCAAACAAUAUAGUUCCGGAUGCAACCCAUUUUCUAAAACUUGUCAUUACAAUUGGCCCAGAUUCCAGCAACAUCAGUCGUGCAUAUUUUAACAAUGUCUCGUAUGGUUCUGAUAUGAAUCGCGCUGGUCAGAAAACAACCAAUAAGAAAUGUUUAACAUCGGACACAUUACCGCUACUCCAUCAAAUGGCAAUGACGCCUAACGGACUUGGCAUUCCAUCUCCAAUCAUGACAAGAGACAGUCCAUUACUAGUUAUACAGAGUGAUGGAAAUGGACACUACUUAAUUCCAUAUGGAGCCGUCGUCGACAUACUUUUGGAAAAUAGAGAUGAGGGUGAACAUCCAUUUCAUAUUCAUGGUUAUGAAUUUUGGGUCAUAUCAACUUCUGAAAAUCCUCAAGCCGAAGAAUUGUAUCGUGGAGCAUAUCUACAACGAGACACAGUUAGCGUACCAGGUUCAGGCUGGGCCAAGAUACGACUUUUAGCCAAUAAUCCAGGUGCUUGGCUCUUUCAUUGUCACAUUGAAUGGCAUAUGGAUGCUGGACUCAUUGUAGCUUUUAUAGUUGGUCCCAAUGCGUUGCUAGCACAAGGCUACAAAAUUACACCUAUUCAAAAGCGUAUGUGCCAAUAA